AACUAGUGGAGUCACCCUUGGUGUGGUGCAACCCAGGUGUUGAAAAACUCAUCUCUUGUGCUUAGAUGUAGCUUUCUUAUAUCUUCAUCUUUAUGUCUGUAUGUGGCUUCUUUACUGGAGAAGAAGCAGUGAUGAGGUAGGAGGAAAACCCAGAGAGUCUGCUGUCACAGAAGCCAAGGGGACAGCGUCUCAAUGAGACCUGAGUGGUCAACCAUGUCUGUGGCUGGUUGAGUGGGAACAGAACUGCCAAGUCUCAUUUAAGGCCACUGGUGACCUUGGUGGGAGCACCGAAUGUGGGGUGGGGUAAAGCAGGGGAGAUGGAGAUGGUGAGUACAGGUAAUGCUUUCAAGGAGAUUUUCAGGGAAGGAGUUUUCUUUUGUUUAUUUGUUUGGUUUUUUUAAGGAACUGAGUGGAGGGGAGUGGUUGAUGUAAAGAAAUAAAGGGGAUGAUUACUAGAGUCAACUUUUCAUGGAGACCAGAGGAAAUUGGCUCUGGAACACAGGUUAGGCGGGUGGAGGGGCCCUUCUUUGAUUCUUUGAUUCAAGGAAGGAGAGGACGGUGUUAGGUACAUGUGGUGUGUAGAUUUUGUGGCAAAAGUUGAAAGCAGUUUCUGUGUGACUGUUUCUCUUUUGUAAAGUAGGGACCCUGAUCAUCUGCCCAGAAUGAGGUGGUAAGGUAGGAAGUGUGGGGAGAGUGGUGAAGGUUUGAAACAGUGGCUUUGGAGAGGUAGAGUUGACCAAGGAAACUUAGCAUCCCUCGGUAGCACUGAAUUCCCUGAGACCAAGCAGUCAUAACGGGGCCUUUUGGUUUGGUUUUGUGAUGAUGUGAUUUUCUCCACCUAGGGCUGGAUAUUUGAGUGAGGAUGUGGAGGAGACAGACCUUUGACUGAAGUGAGUUUGGGUUAGCAGGAUUGGGGAGGUAAAGAUGUUGGUUUGAAAAUGGUUGAAGAGGUGGGUCUUGGAGUAUAAACCAGAGAGGGGCAAGUUCUAGAGUGGCUUCUGGACUAAUUUAAUUUAUGGAGCUCUUGUAAACCAAGUUGGAGCCACCCUAUACUUCUGUCAUAUGGUACUUAACUCUAGAGUCUCAACUCCAGUUUACAUAUUAUAAAAAGGGAAAGAAGCCUGUUAUUUGGGUGUGUGGAUAAAAAAGGAAAAUGUAGACAUGGGAACUAGCUUCUCUGUCUUGUCUCCCAUCCUUGAUACUGGGGUAGAUCAUUCUAGGCACCUUAGAAGGAUAUGGCUAUUCUAAGCACCUUUACUGCUUCUGAGUCUCCAUCUUUCAGUCAUUUGGCUUAUUUUUGUGGGGUGGUUGCACAGUGUUGAGUUGGAUGUUAAAUGACCAUCCAAAUGGGCAAGUGUCUGCUGCAGUCGCCCCAACUUUGAGUGAGGAUCUGCCCUGCCUCUUCCAGCUCCUAGAGCUGGCAUCUGUCCCCUGUCUAUCAGAAUAAGAACUUCUCAGCAGUUCUCCUUCCCUAAGAUAGUUAGAUCACAGAUAUGGAGAUGUUUAAUUUGCUUUGACUCAUCUUCUUUACCUUACUUAAAUAAAAUUUGGCAAUACUGGAACCCAAACGUCUUUCUAGCUGUAUCAGUAUGAAGCCAUCCCCUGUGCAUCAAACCCUAAGCAUUGUAUUGGGGGUGGAAGACAUAGUGAUAUCCUGCAGAAGAUGUGGUGGCCCAUUAAAGAAGUGGAUUGGUGGGCAGAGAUAGAUGAGAGGAGGAGAAGGGACGGGUAGACCAACAGAUGAAGAGAAAGAGAGAGGCCUCUCCGUGUCCCCCGAGUCAAGUGAGCUGGAAGGUCCCGAUUCUGGUCACCUGCCUGUUGGUUGCAAGAGCAGGUGUCCUCAUAAAUUCAAGGACUUGAAAUUCCUUGAAAUUUUAGGCAUUCUCCAGCAAGCCUGGGUCCUUGUGAGCAGGGCAACAUUUUUCUUGCUGUUUUCUGCUUAAGAGUUCAUUUUGGAAGUACUGGCUUUUGUAUUUGUUUGAAUGUUUUUCUAAUGGUUUGACACAUGUGUGAAGAAAGCGAUUGGGUUUCGAACAUUUCCUGAAAAUGUUAAGAAACCGGUUAUGUUGACCAAUGUGGUUGGUAUUUAGCAACUGCACUUUGUGUUAUUGUUGAGAGGUUAAUUUCGCUUCCUCUACAAAUAUCUGAAAGCUGAUUGAAUGAUAACGUUCCUGCAUUUUGGCUACGUAGCCCAUCACUUUUAUCUUAGUGGGGAUGAUAUAGGAAUAUGAAGAAAUUACCUUUUGUGAAUAAAUAUUAAUCACUGUUUAUUAUCUCUUUGUAAAAAUGUAUUAUUUUUUUAAAAUGCGUUUAAAAAUAUAGUUUUAAAGUGCUCUUAAUGGAAUGAGCUUAUAUUAGGUUGUUUAUGGGGUGGCACUGGACUGAUGGUGAGAAAUUAUUUUCUAGCUGAGGUUGACAGACUCUUUCUGUAAAGGUGGAUAUUUUAUGAUUUUCAGGCCAAGAAGCAAAAUUGAGGAUGUUAUGUAGGGAUUAUGGUAUACUGUGUAGCUGUAACAAGAGAGAAAAUAAAUUUCUACAAAUGUUUUAUUGGUGAAGUAAAAAUUUAAAAAAAUCAAAUACAGUUUUUUCUGCAGUGUAGGCUUAUUAUUGAGAAGAAUUACAUUCCCUUUUUAAAGAUAACGUUUCACUUAGUUGGAGUUCAAAGAUAAUGUUCCCUGUCAUCAAAAUGUAUUGAAAAUAUGUAUCUGUUAAUGCUGAUCUGUAAUGAGAUUUUAUGUGUAUCAUCUUUGAAAAAUGUCUUUUCCCUCAUAGGUCCUGCCAAAUAUUGAUAUCAGUUCAUGUGCCUAUAAUUUUGAGUGUAUUCAUCUCUUGGAAGGCGCUCGUAGAAUUCUAUUAGAUUUUCCUCUUGAUAUUUGUCUUUUAGCCACUAGCUGGUAGGUUAAUCCCUUCCAGUUGAAGGUUGGUGAAAACUUCUCAGUUACACAGUUAGAUGGAUUUUGAAAUGUGGGAAUUUCCUUUGCACUUACGUCAAGGCCUAAAAACACUCUGGAACUAUAGUUUGAGCUUGGAAAAUGUAUCUGUCACAAAUUUGUGUGGGAAUGGAAAUCCCGUUUCUGACAGCACUGGGAGUGUAUAAAGCAGCUUGACAUUGUGAUUCAGAAAAUUAGUUGUUGCUGAAAUGACUUUCCUGCAGUGUAAGUUUUACAUAUGAUGCUGUUUUGCCUUGUAGGCAACUUUUAGGUUAAAUUGAUUUAAAAUCGUUAUUAAGUCUGCAGCGGAAGCUAAUUUCCAAAGCUAUUUAAUGUUUGAUAAUGGUAGUUGAAAAUGGUCUUCUCAUUAAGAAAAACGUCAGUCUUGUCCCUGAGCUCAAAAAUUCACAAUAAAACAUUACCACUGUUGAGCCAUGGAACUGUGGGGUGGUAGGGCAAGUCAAGAUAUAUUCAGCUUCUAUUUCUGACAGAAAUUCACCAGAAAUGAUGCUUAAGUUCAUAAGGGUAAAUGAAGGUCACUGUUGACACUGUUACUGAACCAAACGGGUCUGCUCGCCCAACGCACAGCAAAGCCAAAUCUAUUGACAGUGGGUUCUAGUGAAGGAAAGUACAGAGUUUACUGCAGGGCGCCAAGCAAGGAAGUGGGAGACAAGCCUCGGAUCCACUCCAACUGAGUCUUUGAGUGAGGGGUUUUCUUAAAGGGGAAGAGCAAAGAGGCUAGGAUUAAUCUUGUGAUGUUUCUGUGACAUUUCUUUGCUUUUUUUUUCAUUGAAGUAUAGUUGAUUUACAAUAUUGUGUUAGUUUCAGGUGUAUAGCAAAGUGGUUAUAUAUACAUAUAUAUGUAUAUAUCUGUGUUCUUUUUCAUUCUAUUUUGUUAUAGUUUAUUACGAGAUAUUGAAUAUAGUUCCCUGUGCUGUACAGUAAAUCCUUGUUGUUUAUUUUAUAUAUGGUAGUGUGCAUCUGUUAAUCCCCUACUCCCAGUUUAAUCCCCACCCCCUUUUGGUAAUCAUAAGUUUGUUUUCUAUGUCUGUGAAUCUGUUUCUGUUUUUUAAAUAAGUUCAUUUGUACUGUUUUUCAGUUUCCACAUAUAAGUGAUAUCAUAUGAUACUUGUCUUUCUCUGACUUACUUCACUUAGUAUGAUAAUCUCUAGGUCCAUCCAUGUUGCUGCAGCACUUCUGUUAUAUUUCUUAGUCAUUGAUUUUUUUCAGUCAGUGAUGGAUUUUUUCAGUCAUUUUGAACUCAACAUUGACUCCUUUGGAAGUCAGGUUGUCUCCAGUUUACAGGUCUCCAGCCAGGUGGUCCAUGGCUUGCGGGGGGUCUGUUAGCUCAUCUUGUCCUAGAGAAACAACCUGAGUUUGUACAUUAAUGAUUAUAUCUAUAAUAGCAAUUUUAGUACAUUAACUAUGCUAUUGACAACAGUAAUUUUAGUCAUCUGACUCUGGUUGAUUAGUGUUCAGUUAGCACAGGAUUGAGGUCAGAGGGGACAAGAAAGGGAAUAAAGUUUUGGAAAGAGAGAUUAAUCAGAAACUCAAUAAGGGAACUCAGCUUUAGGGGGGACUCGGUUUCAACACUGCUGGCUCAAUAACACAUGAUAGAAUCAGAUAUUUUCUGCAGAGUAGCUGCUGUUGAAUCAUAAAAUGAGAACUCAUAGGUUUUAAACACUAUGUUUUCACCAACUUUGUAAAUUUUGUCCAAUUAAGCCUUUUUCUGUUCCAUACACACUUUUAUCACUGUUUGUUGUAACACAUCUGAGCAGAUGUCACAUCUGGUUGUAUUGAAUUAAUGUUCCUCAACGUCUUUGAAGAUGUUCUUGCCUGUAGUACUGUUCAUGAAGACUGUUCAUAGUGGUUGAUUUUUCAGUCACUGCAAACUCAACAUUGACUCCUUUGAUAAACAACAACUAAGCAGUGUUGGGAGUGUUUGUCUACUCAUCAAGAGCCAGGGAAAACCACUCAGAACCCUUUGCCUUUGCCUUUAAUUGACCAUUGAGUUUGCUCCCCGUGUAAUCGACUCUUUGAGCAGCGGUUCUCACCAAAAGGAUAAUAAUCUUAAGUUUAUGUUUUUUCUGGACAUUGAAUUCUCACUUGUUUUAAUUGAAUCAUCAUUGAUAAAUGUACUUCUUUGCUUGGCUAACAAAAGAGCCACUUGGGAUCUUACUUUUGUUGCAGCCUCCGUUUCAUUUUUAAUUUUUGUGAAGAAAUCCUGCUCUCAUGAAGUAAUUCUGUUUUAAAUUUCUUAAUACUUCUGACCUUUGCAUUCGUGUGAAUUGAGAAGAUCGUGAUGAGUGCGUCCUCUGCAACAGUUGGCAUUCCAGCUGGAGUUGGAAAUGCAAGAAAAAGAGAGACAGAGAAUAGAAGAACUGCAGAGAGCUCAAGAGCAACUUGAGAAGGAGUUGAGAAUGAAUAUGGAAAGUAUAGCUAAGGGUGAAGAUAUUUCACAUGGAGAGGAUGAAGCCGACUCAGGCAGAACACUAGCUGAAAUUAGUGAUCGAUAUGGAGCGCCGAACUUGAGCAGGGUGGAAGAACUUGAUGAACCGAUGCUAUCGGAUAUGAAGAAACUGAGGCACAAAGAGAGGAGUUUUGUCUCAUUUUAUACAGUUGAUAAGAUCUGUGACCAGAUCAGCGAUGCAGUGCUGGAUGCGCACCUCAAGCAGGACCCCAGUGCCAAGGUGGCCUGCGAGACGGUGUGUAAGACGGGCAUGGUGCUGCUGUGCGGGGAGAUCACCUCCAUGGCCAUGGUGGACUACCAGCGGGUGGUACGGGACACCAUCAAGCACAUCGGCUACGACGACUCGGCCAAGGGCUUUGACUUCAAGACCUGCAACGUGCUGGUGGCUUUGGAGCAGCAGUCCCCGGAUAUUGCCCAGUGUGUCCAUCUGGACAGAAACGAAGAGGAUGUCGGUGCCGGAGAUCAGGGCCUGAUGUUCGGCUACGCCACAGACGAGACGGAGGAGUGCAUGCCCCUCACCAUCAUCCUGGCGCACAGACUCAACGCCCGCAUGGCGGAACUGCGGCGCUCGGGGCAGCUCCCCUGGCUGCGGCCUGACUCCAAGACGCAGGUGACAGUGCAGUACACGCAGGAGCGCGGCGCGGUCAUCCCCGUGCGCAUCCACACCAUCGUCAUCUCCGUGCAGCACAACGAAGACGUCACGCUGGAGGACAUGCGCAGGGCGCUGAAGGAGCAGGUGAUCAGGGCCGUGGUGCCGGCCCAGUACCUGGACAAGGACACCAUCUACCACCUGCAGCCCAGCGGGCGGUUUGUCAUUGGAGGCCCCCAGGGGGAUGCAGGCGUCACUGGCCGUAAGAUCAUUGUGGACACCUAUGGCGGCUGGGGGGCGCACGGCGGGGGCGCCUUCUCCGGGAAGGACUACACCAAGGUGGACCGCUCGGCUGCGUACGCUGCCCGCUGGGUGGCCAAGUCCCUGGUGAAGGCGGGGCUCUGCCGGAGAGUGCUUGUGCAGGUGUCCUAUGCCAUUGGUGUGGCCGAGCCACUGUCCAUUUCCAUCUUCACCUACGGAACGUCCCAGAAGACAGAGAGAGAGCUGCUGGAUGUGGUCAACAAGAACUUCGACCUUCGGCCUGGCGUCAUCGUCAGGGACUUGGAUUUGAAGAAGCCCAUCUACCAGAAGACGGCGUGCUAUGGCCAUUUCGGAAGAAGCGAGUUCCCCUGGGAAGUUCCGAAAAAGCUUGUGUUUUAGUGCUGGUGGGACCAGGCCUGGCCGCACCGUGGAGGCAUCUGGGUGGAACAGAGCCAUGUUCCUCUUUUCUAGGACCCCAACUCUCAGAUCUCCCGGACCCCGGGCUGGGCCUUGCCCACCCACUGCCGCCUCCCUGGCAAAGCCAGGCCCCUCUGAUUUAGCAGGAGGAGGGGGCCUCCUGGUGCCGGGCUCAGAUCUCCUCGUGAGGACAGUCACGAGGUUCCCCUGCCUCUCCCGCAGGCCAGGACGAUGUGAAUUUAGUGGAAAUCCCACCCGUGUCGGCAGGAAAUCCCCUCGCUCACCUUCCGCCACGGCCUGGACGCUGACCAGCCCCUGCCUCCCUGGCGUGUGCCGAGGGCAGCACACGGCACAGAUCUCAGGGCUCCGUGUGGGCCUGGGUGUGCCGGGGCUGCCCCUCACGUCUGCGGCCGUGCGGUCAGCGUCCUGAGCCCAGGCCUUCCAGAGGCCCUCCCAGGCUGGGCUUGUGGCAGGGGUGAGAGCGUCUAGUGUGUAAGGGACCGAGCUACUCACUGAUCUCAUUUCUUCUUCACUGCAACACAGUGAGGUGACCCCCUGUGUUACCUGCAUGUAUAGAUGGGGAAGCCGAAGUAGCUUUCACAAGGCUAGAUGUGAGAGCGGGAGCCCAUACACCGUGUCUCCCCCCGCCAGCGCCCCCAUCUCAUGCCAGAGACAGCUCUGAGCGAUGACCAAGUGCAUUGAGAUGAGGCUGUGACCUCUGUCCUGAAGACUUGAGGUCUCUGGGAAUUAGGGGGUUAAGCCCUUGGUGAGCCCUGGGCCAUGAUCUGCAGAGUCAGGACAGACCCAGAGGGGUGUUUCCUUUGCCUCUUUCAUUUCAGAAGACAGUUCGGGGUGCGCUGGCUAUCCUGGCCCACAGGGCUGGGCUGGAGUUGGGAAUUAAGAGGCAGCGGUAUAAUCCCAGCCCUGACCACUCAGGGACAUGCAGGGCUGGGCCUGUGGACCCCUGGGGAAAGGGUCCAAGGCCAGUCCUGUCCCAUCGGGCUUCCUAGAGCAGGAGCCGUGUUCCUCCUGCUUGGCCCUUAAACAGGGGGUGGAACCCUGUGUCCUCCACGGCUCGCUCUCUCUCUGGCCCCUCUGUAACCCCUGCAGUCUGACUGCUGUUAGGAUCAGUGGGUGAGCCCCUCAGACCCCACUUCCAGAGAGGACAGCCCUAAGGCCUGAAUAUCAAAUGUUAAAUGGUGACUCAAAGUGGCAGGGCUUGACUCCUAAUGGGAGAUAAGUCAGGAUGUCAAGAGGCGGUUUCUGCCUUUACCAGGCAGCCUCUGGGGGCAGCUCUACCCCUGAGGUCCUGGGUGCUCCUUUGUGCACCAGGGUCUUGGAAGCUGCACAUUCCCCAGCCUUUCCAUCUGUGGCUGGUACCCACUCCCCCAUCCCCCUUCCUCAGCCUGGGCCUCUGACAGCUGCACCUCUACGUUCUCCCCAGCUCCCCAGACCACAGGCUCAGGUAGGGGCCUCCAUGGGCUUCUGGAGAACGCUGGGGACUGGCCUUCUUUCUGGGGCACACGGUGCUGGAUCUGGCUGGGAGACACAGCCCAGGAAGCCUCAUCUGGGUGGCAGGCGGCCAGCAGCUGGGCUCUAGGCCUGAAGCACGAAGACCCUCGGCUUUCUCUUCCCCUCAGGGAAAAGGCAGCUUGUUCAGGGCAGAGAAAGAAGCCCAGAUCUCCAUAAAAGCCUAGAGCUGGUGUGUGUGAUACGGAAGCUCAGGUCUCUCAGGGCUCCAGCUCACCCAGGAGGUCUUGAGUUCCUUUCGGGAGAGGGAGGCUCAGCCUUGCAGGUGGCUGAGUUCCUCUAACUUGGGCCAUAUUCGAAGUGAAAAUUCAGAAUUUUAUACUUUCCCCACCCGCUGGAGAAACAAGGUUUUUUUGGGUCAACACUGUUUAUAUGAAACUAGAGUCUAUUUGUUAAUAGUUCCUGCUAAACCGGUGAAUAAAAACACAAGGAGCAACUA